AGGAAUGCCACGUGCAUCCACUUAUAUCAGUACGUAUGUAACAGUAUGAACAUUACGAAACUUCUAUUAGUAAAAUAAGCCUCAAGUAAUUCGACCCUAUCAUAGACCUAAAUACAAAACGGGUUUACCUCACAUGGACAGAUUUUGGGUGGAGUAAAUGCUCUCGCUUCGCUUCAUCCUCUCUUGUUUACAGUACAUUUUUCUCACGCAAGAAGUAGUAUCGGUUAGGGGGAAAUUAAUUAAAUGAAUGUGCAUGUAUUUCAUAAUGCUGGAGUAAAACGAUAUAUUACCAUACUACUCACAUCAGGGUUAAGUUCCUUUUGUAACCAGGUAGAAGUCAGACUAGCUAGCUAACUGUUAGCUAACACAGGACAGGUUGCAAAGAUCGUACACGUGAGGUUUAUUGACACAUAACUCUACAUAUGGAUUUUAUUUUGGUGACUUGAUCAUUUCAUGUACAUCUACUAUGGUAUUGGAGGUAGAGAGUUUAUUCGGGGUGUACAUGCUGUAUUGCACCAAUCCCAAAUUCAAGGGUCGCAUCUACAUUGGUUUCACUGUGAAUCCAGAGCGUCGUAUAGGACAGCACAACGCAGGGCGACACCGAGGUGGAGCCAAGAGGACCAGUGGAAGGGGACCUUGGGAGAUGGUUCUCAUCAUUCAUGGCUUCCCCUCUGACAUAGCUGCUUUGAGGUUUGAGUGGGCAUGGCAGAACCCUCACUCCUCCCGACGCCUGUCCCACGUCACCCGGCGCUCAAAGAAGGAAUCCAGCCUGCAGUUCCACUGGCGUGUGGUGUCCAACAUGUUGCGGGUGAUGCCGUGGAGCCGCCUGCCCCUCACCACCCGCUGGCUCAAGCAGGAGUACAGGAUGGACUUUGAGCCUGGCCUUCAGCCGCCGCUGCACAUCCCUUUGGCCUUCGGCAGCAUCAGGGUCAGGAAACAGAAACCGAAGCAUGUGGAAGAGGAACAAGAGGAGAAGGGUGCAGAUAUAUGCCUCCUUUGUCAGGGGACUGUUAAGUUUGCAGAUAAGAUGACCUGCUUCCAUCCCUUAUGUCACAUGACCAGCCACCUGAUUUGCUUAGCCAAACACUUUCUGACGGGUGAGGCCGCACAUCUCCUUCCUGUGGAGGGGGAGUGUCCCGGGUGCCGUCACUCAGUACUGUGGGGGAGUCUGAUUCGCCACAAGAAUGGCUGUUACGGAGACCUGGAGGAGAAGACAUCCUCAUCCCAAAACCAUUGGACAGAUGAACUGCAGAUCUAAUCUGAAUGUGAUCAGUCAGAACCUUCCUAAUAUGAACUUUGAACUGCUACCCGAGUCACCAUGACUGUACAGAGAAGAGACUGCGAAGAUAGGAUGAAAUACAGUAGAUCAAUGACUAGGAAGUUACUCUUGAAUGGACUUUCCUGCAACAGCAAAGGGUUGAUCAAUUGAUUGAUCCGUCAGAAGAUUUAAUGUUUGCACAAAAAUCAUGCUGAUCUGGUUUGAAAAAUGUUUUUAAUGCAUCAUCUGAACCCCUUUUUAGAUAGUUUUUUUUAGUUAACAGAUACAAUCAUGAAUAAGGCCGUUUUUAAAUGUGUGUAAAACCUAUAUGUAGUGUAUGUACAACCAAUAAAACAUGGAUACUUUGUUUUGGAGCCAAUGAAAGCACAA